AUGAUGGAGACACAUGAUGGUAGUGUCUCCAAACAACGUGUAUAUCCAUCGGAUUUACUUUUUAUUAAAACAUUGAUUAAUGGAAUUAUGGUUCGAGCAAUGGUGGAUACAGGCGCUACAAUAUCAUUAAUAAAACUACCAAUAUUAAAACAAGUGAAAUAUCAUCAUCAUAUAAGUGGGAAAAGAGGAGAAAUCACAUUGGGAGAUGGUAAGACAAAGUUGUGGCAAUAUGGUACGGUGGAUUUAACUGUAACAAUCAACAAUAUUAAAACGAAGGUGAAGGCAGUAGUAGUUGAUGAUUUAGCGGCGGAUUUCAUUCUUGGAUUGGACUGGCUCAACUUCUACGACGUACAUAUUCUUCCACGCAUGCAACAGCUAAAAAUUCAUCAUAAUCAACAACAAGCAACUAUUGGAUUUGAUAAAGAUGUCGAGAAUGAUGUUACACUGGUUCAACAAUAUAACAUUUACCAGGUGUCAGUUCAUGAGACAGGUGUGCAAGUGAUUGAUGGACUAGUAGCGGUAAAUAAUAAUAUAGUAAAAAUAAACAUUGCAAAUACCUCAAAAUAUCCGGUGACAUUAAAUCAAGAUAUGAAAAUUGGUACCAUAUCACGGUUAUCUAUGAGUACGUAUGUUUACAAUUUGGAACAGACGUUAACAGAAUUUCAAGAUCAUUCUGAGCAGAUGAGCAACAUGAGUGAGCAAUGCAACGAAAUGAUAAAUUCACUCAGUACUCAUCUCAGCAAACCUGAUCAACAUGUCGCAAUCACAUCGGUGUUGAAGAAAUAUGCUGCACUGUUGGAACCGAACAACAGAAAGGUUAUCACCCCAAUCAACCACGUCAUUGAUACAGGAAAUCAUCCACCAAUUAGUACAAGACCGUAUUUCAAGACAAUCCAACAACGGAAGGACAUUCAACAAGAGAUUGAUAAGAUGUUAAAGAAUGGCAUUAUCAAACCAUCGCAUUCACCUUGGUCUUCGCCGGUAAUACUUUUGAAAAAACCAAAUGGUGAAUUUCGAUUUAUUGUUGAUUAUCGAAAGCUAAAUGCCAUCACAAGAAAAGACGCAUACCCUCAACCAACAACCGAGGAGCUACUACAAAGACUGGGUGGACAUAAAUGGUUUACAAAAUUGGAUUUGAAAGCGGGGUAUUUUCAGAUACCAAUCCAAGAUUGUGACAAGGAAAAAACUGCGUUUUGUACUCAAGAUGGACUUUAUCAAUUUGAAGUGUUGUCGAUGGGUCUCAUGAAUGCACCUCCAACAUUCCAACGUGUCAUGAACAACAUCAUUGGCUACAAACGUUGGGACUUUGUGCUUGUGUACUUGGAUGAUAUCAUGAUAUACUCCAAUUCGUUUGAAGAACAUGUGAGACAUUUGGAUGAGAUUUUGGCAACCUUGAGUCGACACCAAUUUCAACUAAACCUGAAAAAAUGUCUUGUAGCAGUGCAACAAGUAGAGUUCCUAAGCCACAUUAUUACCUGUGAUUCCAUUCAACCUUCAAGAGAACGUGUACAAGCAAUAAUAGAUAUGCCAGAACCACGAACAUUGGCGCAAGCAAAUCGAUUUAUCGGUAAGAUUGGAUGGUACCGAAAGUUUAUCCCUAGGUUUGCAGAAAUUGCGGCUCCCAUUCACAAGGUUACUAACAAGAUCAAGAAAAUGAAACAUGAAUUCUAUUGGCAUUCAGAGCAAAGUGAAUCAUUUAACAAUUUGAAGAAGCUUCUUAUGACACCACCAUUGAUGUUGAAAUAUCCACAUCCGCAAGCAGAAUUCAUUUUAGCAACUGAUGCUUCAGACUAUGCUAUUGGUUGUGCAUUGAAGCAAGUAAUAAAUGGAAAGAUUCAUUACAAUUAUUACCUGAGUCGUUUGUUAUCACCAACUGAGAGAAAAUACAAAACAAUCGAACGUGAAGCAUUGGCAAUAUUUUGGUGCAUGAACAAAUUACAACAAUACCUGGGUGGUCGGGAUGUCAUAAUUCACACGGAUCAUAAACCCCUGGAACAAUUUCAGCGAAAGUACAAAUUCAAUUGUAAACGAAUAGAAGAAUGGCUUUUGAAAUAUCAAGAUAUGAUUCCACAAAUGGUCGACGUUAAGUACAAAAAAGGAUGUUUGAAUGGUGAUGCGGACGGAUUAUCAAGACCAGAGUUAUAUGAACACACCGAUGAAUUUUCUGGUACCAGUGAUGAUCAUGUUGUUCUUAAUGUGCUUACUCGUGCAAUGACACGGAGAACGGCACAAGUGAUAAACAAUGAUGCAGGACCUAUACCACCCGCAACCCGACCAGCAGCAACCAAACAACUACCAAGGACAUUCGACUUUGGAAUUGAAAGAAUACGUGACGAACAAAAAAAGGAUGGUUAUGUUCAAUCAAUUAUAAAAAGGCUUCGACAACAACCAUCAUAUAUCAUCCAUGAAAAUGUGUUGUAUAAACUUGUUUCUCGUCAUAAUUCAAGAACAAAGAUUAAAUUGAUCUAUAUCCCAUCGUCCAUGAGAACUGAAGUGUUAAUGAGUUACCAUGAUCAUCCUACAGCUGGUCAUUUUGGUUCAAAACGUACAUGGAUGAAGUUACGAGAUUGUUGCUAUUGGCCAAAAAUGCGGGGCGACAUUGAAUCAUAUAUUAGAUCAUGUGAGAAAUGUGCAAAGUUCAAUAUAAAACGGUCAAAGUCACCUGGUAAACUGAACCCAAUAAAACCUCCAGAGGGACAAAUGGAAUUAGUUGGGAUGGAUUUCUGGGGACCAACUAGAGAACCAUCAGCUAAUGGCAAUAGAUAUAUUUUGGUUGUAACUGAUUACUUGACCAAAUUUGUUGUAGCAAAAGCAUUGCCCAACAACACAGCACAAACAGCUGCUCAAACAUUUGUAGAAGAUUUUAUUUUUAAAUUUGGCGUUCCAAAUCGACUUAUUACUGAUCAAGGCGUUCACUUUAAUAAUGAGUUAAUGAGAAAUGUAGCACAGAUGAUAGGGUUUGAUCAUAUUAAAUCAACACCAUAUCGCCCACAAACGAAUGGUCAAGUGGAACGCUUCAAUGCAACUUUUCGACCGCAACUGGCAAAGUUAUAUGAUGAAAAUAUGAACAAUUGGGAUGAGUACUUGUUAGCGGUGGUAUAUGCUUACAAUACUGGUCAGCAUAGUACAACCGGGUACUCACCAUUUCAGCUUAUGUUUGGUCGACAACCAUCGUUACCAUUAGUUCGAAAACAUGCAACGUUUACAUUAACAAAGCCAAAUGACUAUUGGCCACGAAUAGUACGUUCGUUAAAAAUGUAUCAUCAAGCGGCACGACAAAACAUCCAAAUUCAACAAGGUUUAGCUAAAGCACGGUUCGAUCAUAACCGAUCCAAUCCGAUUUAUAAACCAAAUGAUUUGGUUCUAUGGCGACUACCUGGCCAUCUUUCAAAAUUAGAGGCGCGUUAUUCUGGACCACAUGUGGUCAUCAAAGAGACACAUCCAAGCUAUACUAUCCAAGAGCAGGAGACAGAUAUUCAAAGAAAAGUUCAUGUGGCUGAUCUACAGCCGGUGUUUGAGAGAUAG